AUGAACUUGCCUCGAUCAACAAUAGAUCAUCACGAUGAUGGCAAAGAAGAACUACCGUCAUUAAUAUACUGUUUGUUGGAUUAUAAAUCGUCACACACCGGCUUUUCCGAAACAAAACCGCCAUGCUUUAAAUCAUUCACAAUAACUACUGAUCCUACCAAUCCAGCUGCUAUCGUUUAUCUUUUGAAUAUUAUCGAUAUACCCGGUUUGAAAGAAAUUCGCCGUCAAACAAUGGAAACACGUACCGAUGAUGAACUCUUGUCAGACAUAGAUGCAUUUAUCAGACACUAUUUCGAUAGAUUGCAUUGCCUAUGUUUUGUUGCAGAAGCUAGUCGAGUGCAUCAAAAAGAUUUGGAAAUAUUUGAAAAAUUAAUGAAUUUCUUUGACCCAAAGUUAUCAGCGUAUUCGAUGUUGAUUCUAACGUCUGCAGAUAAAUAUACAAAUGAAAAACUGGAGGAAUUUAAAAAUGACAUUCGAGAUCACCAAUUGAGCAAAAGAAUUUAUAAUUAUUGUAAAUUAGGUAUCUAUUAUCACGGUAUUCCUAAUUAUGAUGAUUUGGAUACAUAUGCUGACAGACAAGAUAUGUUACAAAAAAUACUUGUCANUGACCCAAAGUUAUCAGCGUAUUCGAUGUUGAUUCUAACGUCUGCAGAUAAAUAUACAAAUGAAAAACUGGAGGAAUUUAAAAAUGACAUUCGAGAUCACCAAUUGAGCAAAAGAAUUUAUAAUUAUUGUAAAUUAGGUAUCUAUUAUCACGGUAUUCCUAAUUAUGAUGAUUUGGAUACAUAUGCUGACAGACAAGAUAUGUUACAAAAAAUACUUGUCAUCAAACAACAGCAUGUCAGACCAAUGACAAAGAUGCUGAUAGCAAAAUUGAUUCAAUGUAGUCAGCACAGUAUGCAACUUCGACCUGUCAAUAAUAAUCCAUUAAUAAAUGAACCGACUUUGUUGUCGGAGACUGACAAUAGGCAUGGCGGAUCAACUCAAUCAUAUGCUGCCGCCAUUGUCCUCAGUACUAUCGCUGGGGUGACGACAACAGAACUAUUUUGCUCGCGGGCAUACAAUAAUUCGCAGCUUGAAUUCUUAAAUACUUUGGCUCAAAAAUUUGAACAUACAUCCCCGGUGAAUUUAGAGGUUUUUCCAAAUGCAAUGGAUAAACAUGGAUUCUGUGAUAAAAUACAGCACAGCUUUAAACGAAUUUUGGGAUUUGUGAUCGAUGCAAUUGGUUCACUAUUAGAAGUAGUGAACGCAGAAACAGGUAAAUCUUUCACAGAUAAAUGUGCUGGAUGUAUUGAAGAAGAUUCCAAUACAAACCAAGUCGUGGCGAUGAAAGGUAUACUGGAGAAGUAUUUGAAACAGGAAGAAUUGAAACAAAGAGAAAUACUCCGAUCAGUUGAACAAGAAAAGGCAAAGAUCAGAUGGUCAAUCCUCAGAGCAGACAAAUUAAAGCCUUAUUUGAUCUCAGCAAUAACUCUAAUAAAUCUGAUCAUGACUGUAAUAACACACAAAAACACUCGAAAUAUAUUUAUACAGCAGCGAAAAGUUAUGAAUGAGACAAAAGCGCUUUUAGAACAAAGUGCACCUCUCUUAAAUGAUUAUUAUAAAGAGGCUAAAGAAUUGAUGGAAAGUUUAAAAUCGAUCGAUAAACAAGAAUUGGAUACUUCAGUUCGACUGUCAGCUCGAGUUCCAUUUAUGUUGCAUUUACUUUUACAUUCCCAGAAAAAAUUAGAAAGAAUGAAAUCGCAACUGGAGCUGAUCGCUUCGAAACUAUGUUCUCAGAAAAAUGUUCACACAGCUGGGACGCAUUCUACUACAAUCUGUACCCUGUAUAAUACAGCAACAAUCAGAGGUCGGAAAGCAAGUCUGUGGUAUAUGGCAGGUAUCGCAGUGGGUCUUUUUAUGUUAACAGCAAAUGGUGUUUCAAUUUAUAAAUGCAAAAAGGAUUCUGAGGUAUUACUGCAAUCAAUCAAAGAGACCGAAGAACUAAUUGCAAACGCUGACAAAAGUAUCAAAUUUUUUAUGAGAAUAAUUUGCUAUGGUGUUAUAACUAUGGACACAAAAUUAGCAAUGAAGAAUGACGACAAUCGAGUCAAUGACUUCCAUUCAACUGACAAUAAUAAACUUCAAAAAGAAAUUACUCCUUCGGAAACAAUAUCAUAUAUAGGAGUUCGAACGUCAAAACAAAGAUGGCUAAGGUGUUUUAUGGCUGUUGCUGUUUUGAUCGGAGUAAUCGUUCCUUUUAUUCCAAUAAUCAUUGCCGUAACGAAUAAGACAAAUAUGACAAAAAUAUCAACAAGAGAAACAACAACAACAACAACAACAACAACAGCAACUACUACUACUACUACAACAAUAACAACGGCGACGAUGCCAACAACGACAGCCGAACCAGUUUGGAUAAUCAAAGGAAAUAUGAAUAAUUCACGGGCUAGCCAUACAGCAUCUGUAUUACCAAAUGGAUGCGUAAUAGUUGUCGGUGGAUCUGCUGAUGGUAUCUAUCUGCAUACAGCUGAAUUAUAUGAUCCGUUAAAUGAUAUUUGGAGUUAUGCAGGACAGAUCAGUGUCGCACGAGAGGAUCACACAACAUCAACAUUAAACAAUCAAAAAAUAUUAGUUAGUGGUGGAUAUAAUGGUGUGGCUGUCAGAAAUGUUGAUUUAUAUGAUCCAUCAACGAGUAUUUGGACCAGUGUUACAAAUAUGAAUGUCGCACGACAAGAUCAUAGAGCAGUCACAAUAUUGAAUGGAAAUGUUUUAGUUAUUGGUGGAUACCAUAGUGAUACUCUUAAGAGUGCUGAGUUAUAUGAUGUUUUAACAAAUACUUGGACAACUGUAGCUGAUUUGAAUUAUGCUCGAGAGGAUCUUUCUGCAUCGGUACUAAACAACGGAACAGUCUUAAUUGCUGGUGGAAUGAAGUCAAAUUCUCUUGAUAGUGCUGAGUUGUAUGAUCCAUUAACAAAUAUGUGGACAGUAACAGGAAAUUUAAAUAUGGCACGUAGUCAUCAUACGGCAUCUGUAUUACAAGAUGGAAAAGUCUUAGUUGCUGGUGGUCAGAACAAGGGCUAUAGAUUGAAUAGUGCCGAAUUAUAUGAUUCACUAACGGGCAUCUGGACAUUAACAGGAAAUAUGAAUAGUAUCCGAUGUUGUCACACAGCAUCAGUCUUACCAAACGGAAAAGUAUUAGUUACUGGUGGAUAUAGUCGUAGUAUUUAUUUAGAUACUACCGAAAUAUAUGAUCCAUUAACCGGUAUUUGGACGACGGGACCAACGAUGAAUUUUUCUCGACGCUUUCAUACUGCAUCUGUCUUAAAAAGUGGAAAAGUACUAGUUACUGGCGGAGAGAGUCCGCCUAGUUUGAAAAGUACUGAAUUAUAUUAA